ACAAUGCGAUCAACAGUUUAACAUAUCAAACAAGGAUAUUUUGAUAUAUAAAAGUAUUAAUAAAAAACAUAAAAAUCAAUAAGAGCAUAUUUUUUGGCAGAGAUAAGGAAUUCAUCCAAAGAUGGAGCUGUUUUAAAAAUCUCUAUGCCUCUAGUGUUUCUCAAAGCUUGAAUUUAGUAAUGAACUUUUGUUAGCGAUGAUAGCGUUGAGUAUAGCAAUAUUGUUGUGUCUGUGUUUGGUGUGCAGCAUCGCACAAGUAUUACCGAAGGAAGCUCUCCUAAGCACACCGGAAUUGGUGGCAGCGGCGGGAUACCCGGUAGAAAGACAUCGGGUCACCACAGACGAUGGCUACAUCCUGCAGGCUCACCGGAUACCGGCUGGCAAGAGAGCCGCUAGGAAGAGCAGCCUGGACUCCCCCAAGAUGAAGAAGGCUAUACUAAUCGGCCACGGACUUCUGGGCAGCAGCGGGGACUUCGUUAUUAUGGGACCAGAAAGGAGUUUGGCUUAUCUCCUGGCAGACGCGGGCUACGAUGUAUGGCUGGCGAACUUCAGAGGUACGGUGUAUUCCUCGCACGAGAACUACACGAAAAACGAUUGUAGAUUCUGGGAGUUCAGUUUCCACGAGCACGGGAAGUACGACCUUCCGGCCACCAUCGACAAGGUGUUGGAGGUGACGGGGCUGCCGGAGAUCCUGUACAUCGGCUACUCCAUGGGCACCACCACUUUCUUUACAAUGAUGUCUCAGCGGCCGGAGUACAAUGAGAAGCUCAUUGCCUUCUUCGCUUUAGCCCCCGCCGUCUACUUGGACAGCAUCAAAGGUCUAGCGAGCGUUCUGCUGAAAACUGUGGACUUCCCUGGUACAGCGCGGAACCAGGGCAUGAUCUCGUUCAGCGUCAAGCGCGACCUACUGGACAUGGCCACCAACUUGUGCAGCGCGCGGGAGGCUCAAAACGACAUCUGCAUGCAGCUCAUUUACGCCGUCGUCGGCGCCGACUACGAACAGUAUGAUCCGGAGAUGACACCAGUCAUUAUAGCGAGAGCACAGCCUGCGUCUUGGAGGCAAUUUGAGCAUUUCGGGAAGAUUGCAAUUACAGGUGUGUUUACAUCAUGGGAAGAUGGUUUAUGGGGUGCAGUCAAACCAUACAACUUUUCCAAAAUAGACAUUCCAGUAUCCAUUUUGUAUGGAGAAAAUGACAUGCUGACUCAUAAAUCGGGUGUUAAAAAAUUAGCCCGAGAGCUGCGUGAAAUUGGUGUACUGGAAGAGAUGAAGCCAGCCUGCAAAUGGCCAAAGUUCAAUCACUUAGACUUUACUUUUGCCAAAGAUGUUGGAAAUAUUUUUAACAAGCCCUUUAUUGAUAAGGUACAUUAUGUGUAUAAUAAAUAUAGUAAAACAUGA